AUGAGAGAGGGCGUGACGGAGGAUGUGGGUAUGAGAGAGGACGAGACGGAGGAUGUGGGUAUGAGAGAGAGCGAGACGGAAGAUGUUGGUAUGAUAGAGAGCGAGACGGAAGAUGUGGGUAUGAGAGAGAGCGAGACGGAAGAUGUGGGUAUGAGAGAGAGCGAGACGGAAGAUGUUGGUAUGAGACUGAGCGAGACGGAAGAUGUUGGUAUGAGAGAGAGCGAGACGGAAGAUGUGGGUAUGAGAGAGAGCGAGACGGAAGAUGUUGGUUUUGAGAGAGAGCGAGACGGAAGAUGUUGGUAUGAGAGAGAGCGAGACGGAAGAUGUUGGUAUGAGAGAGAGCGAGACGGAAGAUGUUGGUAUGAGAGAGAGCGAGACGGAAGAUGUUGGUAUGAGAGAGAGCGAGACGGAAGAUGUGGGUAUGAGAGAGAGCGAGACGGAAGAUGUGGGUAUGAGAGAGGGCGAGACGAAGGAUGUGGGUAUGAGAGAGGGCGGGACGGAGGGUGUGGGUAUGAGAGGAGCCUAGACUUAGGAUGUGGGUGUGAGAGAGGGCGAGACGGAGGAUGUGGGUAUGAGAGAGGGCGAAACGGAGUAUGCGGGCAUGAGAGAGAGCGAGACGGAGGAUGUGGGUAUGAGAGAGGGCGACUCUAUACAUCUACAAGGUGCUGA